AUGCCAGGCCCUUCCCCAUCCGCACAUCAAGUCUUGGUCUACUCUGGACCAGGUGUCUCCCCGCUCUCACUCUCACAUACCAUCCUUACCCUCUCUCUACUCCUCUUACCGCACUACACCGUUCAGCCAGCCACACCAGAGGUCCUUUCCAGUCAACCAUGGGAACCGUCCUGUGCCUUACUGAUCAUUCCAGGAGGUAGAGAUCUGCCCUUCGUAGAGGAAUUGACAAUCAAACGAAAAGUCACAAAAAGGAUAAAAGAGUAUGUGGAACAAGGUGGAAAGUACCUUGGUAUUUGUGCUGGAGCAUAUUUCGGUACGAAGCAAGUGAAAUUCGAUGUCGGUGGUGGUAUGGAGGUGGUGGGUGAACGGGAUCUUGCUUUCUUCCCUGGCUCGAGCGAAGGACCUACUUUCCCUGGUUUCCAAUAUGCCUCAGAAUCAGGCUCCAGAGCCGUAUCUCUCUUCCUUGAACCUUCUCCUUCGUCUUCCUCAUCCUCGCAUAGAUCGAUAGAUCAUCUAUAUUACAAUGGCGGAGGUCACUUCGUAUUGCCCUCACCCAAACCAUCAAAUGUAGAAGUAUUAGCCAGAUACGCGGAUACAGGAAAGGAUGAAGAUCCCAUUGCGGUAGUACUGACGAGGAAUGGGAAGGGAAAGAGUAUACUAUGUUCGAUACAUCCUGAAUAUCCUUUAAAUGACCCUCCAGCAAGAUUAGCGAUUAACAAGCUUGAACAUCCCCCCGAGAUAGAAGAGAUAGAAGUAAGUGAGAAAGAAAGGAUUAAAUGGGUCGAAGAGCUUCUUAAAGCGUUGGAUCUGAACCCUCCAGAUAAACAUCAAUUACUGGAUAACGAUAAGGAAGGAGGAGAGGUACAAGGGGAAGAAGAUCCAAAUUUGUUAUUACAUCCUACGCACCCUUCACCGAUAUUUAUCCUGUCACAUCCCAAUUUACCUGAACUCUCUACCCAUGCUGUAUCAAAGAAAGAACUCAAGGAUAAGAUGAUAAGGGAAGAUAGUUGGGAAAUACUGAAAGAUGGGAAUGAUCAACUACGAUUCGGUACCGUCGAGGCAACAUUCAGCUCAGCAUCUACAUCAGAGGACGAAGUGACUCGAUGGCUGUCCACGAAGAGAAGGGAUCAACCUCAUUUCGAACCUCCUUCUAUCGAAUCGUUGAACAUCGAUUCAAAGGGUGAUGUAUCCCCUCUGAUACCUCAACCACCAGAUUUCCAUUCUAUACCUAAAACCAUCCUUCUACCUUCCGCCAAUAUCCCUUACACUCCUCGAUGGACACCGCUAUUUAACUUUGACACAUACUGGAAAGAGCUGGAUAGUGCUAGGAAGAGCAGUGGUAGGAGAUCUGGUGUUAUGCGGAAAAGCGAUCAAGGACAGGGGGAGAAAUGCGCUUUGGGUGAUUUGGUAUUUUAUGGAGAGACAGUGACGAGUACGCAAACGAUGCUUGAUCGAAAUCCCAUAUUACUUACCAACUUAUCUGCACCACUUGCAUUCCUCGCUACAUUCCAGUUAUCAGGACGAGGUCGAGGUUCAAACAUCUGGUUAUCCCCUGCGGGCUGUCUACAAUUCUCCUUAUUACUUGACCUGCCCUCUUCAUUAUCGAAUAAAAUGGUGUUCAUACAGUAUAUCAUGGCUUUGGCCGUAUGUGAAGCGGUAGAUGAAGAUGGUAAACUUGGAGUGAGGAUUAAAUGGCCUAACGAUAUUUAUGCGGAAGUAGAGGGUGUGAGCGGUACUGAGAUUGGAUCAGGUAAAAAGGGAAAAGCAAAAUUGGGUGGGAUUUUGGUGAACACUAAUUUUGUUGGAGGCAAAUGGAGGAUCGUCGUUGGUUGCGGUAUCAACGUUCUCAACGCAUUGCCUACCACAUCACUCUCUCAACUUCAUUCACUCCUAGCUGCUAAAUUAUCAAAUUCAAAUAAGACAUUGCCUCCUGCACCAACUAUGGAAGGUACUUUUGCCAAGAUCAUGAAUUCCUUUGAAAACAAAUGGGAACAAUUCAUAGACGAAAAGGGAUUUAAGGGGUUUAUGAAUGAAUAUCAUGGAAGGUGGUUACAUUCUGGUCAAGAAGUAACUCUGACUACAACUGAGCCUCCAACACCCCUUAGGAUCCUCUCCAUAACUCCAGAUCAUGGUUUACUGCGUUGUAUACCCAUUCAGAAAUCUACCUCGACGACAUCAAAUGGAUUGACUCCAUUGUACAACAGGACGGUCGACCAUAGUGCCGAAGAUCGAUAUUCCCCGGCUUCUUCUCCAGCAGGGAACGGAGGAGGACAGACGGGAUUUGUGGAUCUGCAACCUGAUGGAAAUAGUUUUGAUCUAAUGAGUGGAUUGAUCAAGAGGAAAGUAUAG